CCACAUAUUCGAAAUAGUUGGAUUUAACGAGCUUCACUCUUCCAUUAUCUCAUUCUGCCAAUUAUCUCUUUCCUAUAACUCCCAUCCAAUUUAAGGGGAGAGGGUAAAAGCUAUCUCUUUUGAGUUUUGGAUAUUUGAAAAUGCAGCCAAAUCACGAGGCCUCGCAACGCAUUGCCAGAAUCUCCGCCCAUCUCCACCCUCCAAGUUUCCAGAUGGAGGGUUCGUCUCUGAAUAGAGAAAACUGCAGGGCAAAAGGUGGAGCACCUGGAUUUAAGGUGGCCAUAUUGGGUGCUGCUGGAGGGAUUGGACAGCCCCUUGCCAUGCUUAUGAAGAUGAACCCGCUGGUAUCACUUCUCCAUCUCUAUGAUGUUGUCAAUUCUCCUGGGGUGACAGCAGACAUUAGCCACAUGGACACUGGUGCUGUGGUUCGUGGAUUUUUGGGUCAGCCGCAACUGGAGAAUGCACUAACAGGAAUGGAUCUUGUCAUCAUUCCUGCUGGUGUCCCUAGGAAACCUGGGAUGACUAGGGACGAUUUGUUUAAAAUAAACGCUGGAAUAGUCCGGACACUUUGUGAAGGAGUUGCGAAGUUUUGCCCUAGCGCAGUUGUCAACUUAAUAAGCAAUCCAGUGAACUCUACAGUUCCCAUUGCGGCAGAGGUUUUCAAGAAGGCUGGUACUUAUGAUACUAAGCGACUUCUCGGAGUGACAACACUUGAUGUUGUUAGAGCCAAUACUUUUGUGGCUGAGGUACUUGGCAUCGACCCUAGGGAAGUUGACGUACCUGUAGUUGGUGGUCAUGCCGGGGUUACGAUAUUGCCCCUUUUAUCACAGGUCAAACCCCCAUGCACUUUCACUGCAGAAGAACUUAGCAAUCUCACCACUCGCAUACAAAAUGGAGGAACUGAAGUGGUUGAGGCAAAAGCUGGUGCAGGUUCUGCAACACUUUCAAUGGCAUUUGCAGCAGCCAAAUUUGCCGAUGCAUGUAUGCGAGCUUUGAGAGGGGAUGCUGGUGUUGUAGAGUGUGCAUUUGUAGCAUCCCAGGUUACAGAACUUCCAUUCUUUGCAUCCAAAGUACGACUAGGUCGUCGUGGUGUUGAUGAAAUUUUUCCCCUGGGGCCUCUUAGUGAGUUUGAAAGGGUUGGACUGGAAAAGGCAAAGAAAGAGUUAAAGGAAAGCAUUCAUAAGGGUGUUUCUUUCAUUCGGAAUGCAUAAGAGAAAUAUAGUAAAUAGGUAUCUCCAAUCAACAUCGCAAUGUACUCGAUGUCAUCUGUAUUCUGCUUGUGUAAUCUUCCACCCAGGACGAUUAUGGCAACUGUGUUACUUUGAUUUAAUUAUAUUUGGUUCUUAUAUGUUAUAAUUAUAUUGUUUCUGAUAAUCGCCAUCUAUGAGUAUGUUAACAUUGACUUUCUCAAUCAUAGAGCCUCAUUCCUUUUU